AUGGCAGCAUGCAAAAUGGCGGACGAUGUUGAACGAUUCUACAGGUUUCCUGGGUUGUCUUCUGGACGACAUGAUGUAACGAUUUCUGAGUUAAAAUCGGCGUCUGCUAGGUUGGAUGUAACAGAUCUAUCGACAGAAAUAUGUUUUAACGUAAGUAUACAAGGAAACAACAAGCUAGACGAGGCUGAAUCGAAGAAUUUGCUGUGGUUGUUGACGAACUCUUUCGAAGUGGAAAAUGUUGGUCGAAGGUCGUUUUUGGAUGAAUCUGAAGCCCCAGAACUCGGUUACAAAGUAAUGAUUGAAAUUGGACCGAGGCUUAAUUUUUCAACAGCUUGGUCGACAAACGCAGUCUCUAUUUGUCGUUCGAUUGGUUUGGAAAGGAUCGACCGCAUCGAAAAAUCAGUUCGAUAUUUGAUUCAUGUCACACCUAAAGACAGGACUGACACGGAAGGCAUCACGAAAGACGAGGAGAAUGCGCUUGUCGCUAAGCUUCACGACAGAAUGACCGAAUGUCGUUAUGAGAAGCCACUGACGAGUUUUAGAGUGAAUGUCAAACCAGAGAGAUGCUAUGAAGUUGAUUUAAUGGCCGAGGGCCGUACGGCUUUGGAAAAAGUGAACCGGGGUCUAGGACUUGCAUUCGACGAGUGGGAUCUGGAUUACUACACUAAAUUAUUCCAAGAGAAAGUGAAAAGAAAUCCAACCAGUGUGGAAUGUUUUGAUUUGGCUCAAUCAAACAGUGAGCAUUCACGCCAUUGGUUCUUUAAAGGAAAAUUGACAGUUGAUGGACAGGAUGUGGAAGACUCCUUGUUUAAAAUGGUGAUGAAAACACAGGAAACAAGCAACGACAACAACGUUAUUAAAUUUAGUGACAAUAGCAGGUACUGACAGUGACGCAAAUACAAACAAAAAUUUCGGAAUAACUGCAAAAUACCCUGCAUUAUUUUAUGACCAUUUGAGUGAUGUAAAUGCUUCAAAGAAGGAGGGUUAUCUAACGAAAACACUGUUUUGGCCCUCUGAUGAAAAUCAGUGCCAGGGUAUUCUGCAGUUAAGCCCAAAUUUUGCUUACACUCUACAACAGGUUUUCUCUGAGUUAUUUAUCAAAUAAAUGACAAGAAAAGGUAUUAAUAAGCUUGUACUCAAAAUGAUGUUGCAUGAAAGAUUGGAGAAACAAAGAAUUUUUAUUGCGUGAUAAGGAAGGGUGACUAGCAUUUAUUUUCUCCCUUCAGUAUCACCCCUGAAUCAAACAUUAAGGUCAUGAGAGUAAAGGAAAUGAUCACCAACUUAAGAAGCUCUUUAUUAGUAAAGAAAUUCUCCUUACCAGCACUAUAGGAGAUGUCUAGAGAACAGUAUGGAGAAUAUUCAUUCUGAUGUCAGGGUGUAAAGGGUGAAGUUUUGUUUAGAAUAGAAUUUUGGUAACUCUUACACAAUAGUCCAUUUUACAGUUGUGUGCUUGGUUGCCAAGCCUUUGAACAGGAAUGAGGCUAAGGGUGACCUUGUUAUGAUACAAACCUUGCUGCUUUUCAAAUGUAAAUUACUUUGUUAUCAUGCUAACUAGAUACUGGUCUCUAUCACAGCAAGGUCACCUUCAGCCUCACUCCAAAUCAAAGGCUUGGCAACUAAGUACACAACUGUAAAAUGACCUAUUAAUGACUAACUGAUAGACAUGGUAAAUUUGAUGAUAAGUCAGAGAGGAAUUCAGAAUUAGCCAUUCUUAUUUUUCAGUGCGAUAACUGGUUUUGAGGUCUCCUUGCUUCUUCCCCAAGAUUGUAAGAAAGCUGCCAAGUUUCAAUUGAAGCACAAGUGUCUGAGGCACAUCAUCUUCACUGCUGAAACACACAACUUUCCCACAGGUUAGAAAUGACAUCUUUUCAAAGGACUUAAACUUUACCAUGCUCCACAGACUUUAACUUCAUCCAAAUGCCAAUGAUGCAGUACUUGAAAUUCUUGUUUGUGCUUUGAAAAAAGGUUCAACUGGCAGUAACUAAAGCAUUAAAAAGUUAUUUUACUGUCUUGUUGAUGAUUCAACAUUUGUAGGAAACUGUGAAGAAUAUUUGAGUUAAGUUCUGUUUGUGGUAAAAUCAACUGUAUUAAAGUAAAGCUAACUUGGAGGUCUUCUUUUACUGGUAGGCGUGGCACCAUUCCCAGGAGCGACUACUGGUACAGGAGGGAGGAUCCGAGAUGUUCAGGCUGCUGGUCGUGGGGCACAUGUUGUUGCUGGUACAGCUGGAUAUUGCUUUGGCAAUCUUCAUAUUCCAGGUGAGAAAGAAAAUGUCUGUGUCUUUUUGAAAGGUGAUGGGGUGUGCUCAGGGAAAGAAACUGUUCUCAAAGGGAGAUGAACCUAAGGUCUUUUGUCUUUUUAGGGUAAAUUUUCCAAGCACUGAGCAAUUUGAGACUAAGAUCAUUGAAUUGGAUUCAUGCAUGAGAGAUAUUUGUGAUACAGAUGUUCUCCUUUUCAGGCAAUAACUGUUAAAAUUCACACCUUUAACCUUUUAACUUCCAUGUGUGACCAAGACAGAAUUUCUCCUUACAAUGUUAAUACAAUAUCAAUCAGAUAAGUGACGAGAAUAAAGAAAAAUAUCAAUUUGGGGAUAAUUAGUUAAUCCCCAAUACUAAAUACUCUGAACUAACAUUAUAAGAAUUGUAUGGUUGACAGUAAGGAGAAUUGCAAACUUGGUCUGGGAGUUAAAGGGUGAAUACCACUUCUUAUUGCCUAAAUCAUUUGGAAUCUUUGAAUAUUCAUCUGGUGAAAGGAUUGCUUUAUUAGUUCAAAAUAACAGAGGACACUGUUUAAGACAGUAAAUGGUUCAAGAACAUUUAAUUAUGAAGUUUGGAAUUCAUUUGUGGCCUUACCCUAUUGCUUCCUAGAUUUUAUAAUUUGUUCUCGCUACUAUUUGCUUGGUUGUUGUUUUUUUUUUUAUCCUCAUUGCGCAUUUUCUCAACGAUGUGUUGAUAUUUUUAACCCUUAACUCCCAUAAGUGAUUAACAUGUAACUUCUCCCCAUAACAUCCACACAUUAUUCAACUAACAUCUAAUGAGAGUACUCAAACUUAUCAGGUAGAAGUUAGAAGUUUCGAUCUAACACUAAAUUCUUGCAAUUUACUUACAAGGAAAUGUGUAGCAGCUAGAGAGGAGAAUUGAAAAUCAGAUCUUGGGAGUUAAAGGGUUAAGGAGAAACUUCCUAUUCACUCCUGGGAUUGAGCAGAUGGAGCAGAUCUGAUCAGGAUUUUUUUUUCACUUCGUACUGAGGAAAACAAUGCAAAAUAAACAUAAGCUGUCUCAAACCAAGAUCUCAAUUUUUCUUGCAACUAUAUGUAAUUAUGUGUUCUUCAUUGUCAGGUUACGAACUUCCCUGGGAAGAUGCAGAAUUUGUGUAUCCAAACAACAUGGCUCCUCCUGUUGAGAUUGCAGUAGAGGCCAGUAAUGGAGCAUCAGAUUAUGGCAAUAAAUUUGGAGAACCAGUCUUGGCUGGGUUUGCCAGGUCAUUUGGUAUGAUGCUACCAAACAGACAGCGACGUGAGUGGGUCAAACCAAUCAUGUUCAGUGGUGGUAUUGGUAUGAUUGAUGGAGAGAAUGUGACUAAACUGCAGCCUGAGAAAGGUAAGUUUAACCCUCUACACCCUAAUAUCAGUAGAUGUAUUCUCCAUACAGGUCUCAAUACGUUUCCUAAGGUAUUGACAAGGAGAAUUUGUUUAACAAUCCAGGGCGUGAAAUUGCGCCUAAUACAGGCGCCAAUGCGACUAAAUUUUUCACUUUGGCGACCAAAUCCUGAAAGUUAGUUGCCAAAUUGGCGACUAGAACGUUUCAUUAUAACCUUACCAAUAGAUAUAGAGAAUUCAAAAAUUUGCAAAGAUAACUCCGCGGCAAACUUCCUCGUUAAGUUUGUUUCCAAAACGUAGCACAUGCAUCUCGAUCAAUAACUAGACACCAUCUUGAAUUUAGAUAAGCCUGAAUGUUGUAUAUCAUCCAACCCAGUGUCCACUUUGUAGCACGUUAAAGAUCUUUUCCCUAACUUAAUUUUGGAGGGCCUAUCUAGAACGCUGACAGCGUAAAGAAAGAUUUUGUUUGUCUUUGAAAAUGGCGACCAACUUUUUUUGAAUUGGCUACCACUUUGAAGAAUUUAGGAGCCAAGUGGCUAUCAGAAAAAAAAGUUAAUUUCACGCCCUGCAAUCUGGAGCUUCUAUCAUCAGUGAUCAUUUCCUUUUUUCUUGUGACCUUUAUGGGUGAUUUUGUGGGGUGAUAUUGUAAGGAGAAAUUAGAUGCUAGUCACUCUCAGGUGUUAAAGGGUUAAACACAGCUCCAAAGGGAUAGUCUGCUUGUGAGACUGAUCCUGAAAGUUUCCAGAGCUCAGCCCAGUUUUCAAAGCACAAAGCAACUGGGGAUACUGUACAUGUAUUUCCUUAUUUAGCUGCUGAAGGAUUUAUUGAAUUUUUGGUUUUACUUAAGGUAUAUAAUUUUUAUUUGAGGGUGCCACAUAUUUGUUAUCAUAUAUCCAGAAAUAAUUCUUAGACAUGUCGAAAGUUCCUGUGUCCUGAGCUAUGAUUAUCAUACUGCAAUUACUGGGACCAAGGUGCCAGACGACUAUAUGUUUAUUUCAGAAAGACAUGCCCUAUCCAUGUGGUAGUACUUGCUAUGACAAUUUGCUCAACAUAUAACACAUGUCAGAAAAAGAAACUGUUGAAGAAGGUUUGAUCAGGGAGUAUUACCAACAUAAACAAAUACAACACAGUACUUUUCUUUUAAAGGAAUGGAAGUUGUCAAAGUCGGUGGGCCUGUGUAUCGUAUUGGAGUAGGAGGUGGUGCUGCAUCAUCAAUUCAGGUUCAAGGAGACAAUGAAUCAGAGUUGGACUUUGGUGCUGUUCAACGUGGUGAUGCUGAAAUGGAACAGAAACUUAAUAGAGCCAUCAGAGCCUGUAUUGAGAUGGGGUCUGACAACCUGAUUUGUAGUAUACAUGAUCAGGGUGCUGGAGGAAAUGGUGAGAUUUUUAUGAUAUCUGGAAGUAAAUGAGUGUUUUGUAGAAGUUUAGAUAUUGAUGAGAGACAAGGAUUUCUCACGUCUUUUGUAAGCAACAUCCUCACCUUGAAUAAUGAAAAAUAUUGACUAUUUUUUUUUAGUGGCAAAGAUGAUUCUAGACAUACAUGUAAUUACUGUUGAGUGUUUUACUCCUAGAAGUGAUUAACAUGUAACUUCUUCCUACAAUCCCUACUCGUUAUCUUGUAAAUAAGUAACAAGAACAGAGGAGCUUAUCAGCUAGAGGGAAAUAUUCCAAUAUAGGACCAAAUACUUCUGUCUAAAGACAAGCAAAAAAUGGCAGUAAGUAGGGAGAAUUACUUAUUGGAUCUUGAGAGUUUAAGGGUUAAUGCAGUCUUUAUAAGUGGGAGAUAAUAUCAGGGCUGAAGGAAGAAACGAACUCCGAGUCCCAUUCCAUCCAUUCAAUAUUCGAAUUUUUUAAUGGAUAUUAUUUGUAAGAAAUUUUAUUUCAUUGCAAAACAUUUCAGGUAAUGUUCUUAAAGAGAUAUCGGAACCAGCAGGGGCUGUUAUUCGAGUGAAAGACUUCAUUCUUGGUGAUCCAACCAUUUCUGUUCUGGAGCUGUGGGGUGCUGAGUACCAGGAGAGCAAUGCCUUGUUGGUGCGUGCUCAAGACAGAGACCUGCUCCAACAGAUAUGCAAUAGGGAGAAGGUGCCAGUGUCCUUUGUAGGGGAAAUAACAGGUUAGACAUGGGAUGGAUAAACAAGUUGGACUUCUAAUAUGUCUUCUAGGAGGAGUGGGAAUGGAAGUUGGUGUAAUUUUUGCCCUAACCUGUUGCUGAAUUUGGGUGGAGUAUGUUGUUGGCUCUGGUCUGCUGCAAGAUUUUCAUUCAGUUUGUUUUUCUUUCUUUCCUCCUCCCAUGAAAAUAAAAAAUUCUGUGAUCUGGAAAAAGGAGAGUAAAGCCAACUUGUGAUUUCACCAGAUUAAUUCAGUUCCAUUUGUUUUUGACAGUUACUCCAAACAACUUGAAAUCAGACAACUAGGUGUAUGUUCCUUCAAACAUAUCCAUUGAGUGUUUUGAGUAUAUUUUUACCUUAAGUGUUGUAGCAGUUCUUUCCACUUUGUGUAACUAUAUAGUUUACAUGAAGUCCUGUGAAAAUAGUAUAUAAAAGGUUUUUUUGCCCUUUAAUCAACAGUUUAUCAUACUCCAUUCUAAACACAUUCAAGUUUUGUACGAUGUUUUGUGUGUACAACAGCUUUCAGCCUAGCAGACAUUUUUUAAAUUGUUUUCCCAAAAUUUGUAGGUGAUGGGAAAAUUGUGCUCGAAGAUGAACCUCAUACUGACUCAAAGAAUGGACCUUGUUCAGAGGAAAAUGGUGUCCCAAGCAAAAGACAGAGAAUAGCCACACAUCCUGUGGACCUUGAACUUGAAGUUGUACUUGGCAAAAUGCCAAGAAAGGUAGUCCAUCUCUAAGGGGUGUAACCAAGGAAACAGUCUGCUUGUUAAUAAUAUAACUGAGCUGGGCCAAGAGAGACUAGUUCACAGUACACCACAUCCAGUUUUUUUUCUUUUAAGAGGAACUUGUAACUUUAUAUUCAGCUUGUAGGUUUUUUGGAAAUUGAGUUCACUUAAGUAAAAAUUAAAGAAACUUGUAAUUUAUUUAUGAUAUUCUUCAUUAUUUGCUUUAAUGUAUGAAAUGUAGAUAUGAUUUUCCCUAAGUGGAAAAUGAUGGAGAAUCUAUAAUUAUGAGCCUUUCAAUUAUUAUAUAGACUACUGGAUAUUUGCAAUUUAUGCAUAUUGCUUCCUCUCACAGGUUUUUAAGUUUGAACGCGUAAAGUCAAAGUUAGUUCCAUUGUGUAUACCACCUGAACUCACAGUCAAAGAAAUGCUGGAAAGAGUUUUACGUCUGCCAGCUGUUGCCAGUAAGAGAUAUCUUACAAAUAAGGUAGGGUUUCUUCUUUUUUUUAUUAAUCUCUUUUUUUUAUUAAUCAAUGUAAUAAAAACAUCGUACAUCAUUGUACAGUAUAUGCUGGUUAUUGUUAUUCAUUUUCAUCCAGUGGGUGAGUGUGAUAAGAAUAUAUACAUGGUAUACAAAAAGUGAUUUUUUAGCUGUUUUGUCUGGUUUUAUAUUUUGGAAGCUGGCUGUUUUGACUGAUGAAUAUAUGUGUAUCAUUCAACCUUGAUGCUUCCAAGAAAGAAGGGUGGUUUCCCGAGAAUUUUUUGGAUUUAUCCAGAAUAUUCUGUUACAAACUCACCUACACAUUGCUUUGCUGAAAUUGUUUUUACCAUAAGUUUUAAGGUAUGCAAAUCUCGGCUCUAAAACAAGCACGAUCUUGGACAAAAUUAUUUCCAUGACAGGGUAGACUGUAGUUUUGUAAUAUAAUGUCAUUGUGUGAUAGUGUUGUGAAUUGUUGUCGCAUGAAACCUUUUACCCCUAAGAGAGACCAGCAUUCAGUUUCACCCUUUAGUGUCACUGUUGAAUCACAUAUUGAGGUCAAGAGAAUCUAGGUUAUGAUUGCCAACUAAAUAAAUUCUGGAUUGUUAAACCAUUUAUUGUUGUCAAUGCCCUUAGGAAAUGUAUAGAGGAUAAUAUGCAUUGUAAUGUUUGGGAGUAAAGUUUUUUAGUUUUUCAUGUUGAGUUACAUUCAUUGUCAAGGAGAUUAUACUUAAACUUGUCACUAAGAAACUGAAACCAGUUGCAAAAUUCCUCAAUGUCACAGAACCUGGAAAGCGUCCCAAGUUUUUAGUUAGGUUCUGUUGUCUUAUAUCGUAGGUGAAACAUUCUGUUUGCUCUUUAAGGUUGACCGCAGUGUGACUGGUCUGGUUGCCCAGCAACAAUGCGUGGGUCCCUUACAUACCCCUGUGGCCGACGUGGCGGUUACCGCGCUGACGCAUUUUGACACUGUGGGCUCAGCAACCGCAAUAGGGGAACAACCAAUCAAAGCUCUCGUUGACCCAGGAUGUGGCGCACGUAUGGCUGUGGGAGAAGCACUUACCAACUUGGUUUUUGCUAGAGUAUCAGAUUUGAAGGUAAGCUUUACAACUUGAAUAAACUUGAAAUUACUGGCGAAAAGCUCAGACUCUUUCGUCUUCUCAGCCUUGUAAUAUAUGAAUGAAAUCUUUCAACGCAACGACAGAGCUCGAAUUCUUUUAAUCUUUUUAGUCAUCUGUUUUUCUUUUAAUUUGGUUUUAUUAACUGAGCUGAUAAUGUGCAUUGCCACCGUGAAGAGUUUCUAAAACCGAUGUGUCGAGCUUAGACCUUUGUUAGAAUCUCAGGAAGUGAGAUGCUUUGAAUGGUGAAUUUUAGGUGAACCAUUCAACCUGAAAGCUUCCCAGAAUAACUGAAAUAGUGAGUUGAAUUCCACAGAAUGACCUCUCUUUAAGGUUUUACUUUCUGUUCUUGGACUCACGGACAUCUUGAGAUCAGGACGUUUUCUUGGUCAAGAAAUUCCCUACUCCUGCCAUUUUCAGAAAGACAGAAAGAACUUCUUUCUUUCUGUGUGAUAGUGGCCUCUCAAAGAGAUUAUGGAAGAAUUGUAGCUGUCAGACUGGAAGAUGAUUUUUAUUUAAUGAGAUUGACAUCAAAGAUGCAGACAGAACACUUUUUAAACCCAAAAGGACAAGAGAGGUCGAUUUUACAAGUUGCAACACAAGCGAAAUUGUUCUGCGAGUGAAAUUCGCCCUUUUUCGAAACACGCCAGGCAUGCUAGUCGAGAAACUGCCAUGGAAACCUGAUGGAAUUCGGGGGUGGAGGGGGAGGGGGGACUAGUGGGGGGUAACCUUGUAAAUGACUGGCAUCCCAUUCAGGUGGGAGUGGUAAUACUCCUAGUUGCUUCAUGCCACACGAACUGGAAUAAACUGCGGCGCAUUGUGGGCCAUUUAGCUUGAGUGCUGAUUUAAUUUUCUAAAUAUCCCCUAUCCUGACAUCAGUCUAUGUCAUCUGGGUGCAAAGCGUGGUUUUUGAACAUAGACAUCAAAAAAACCUUUGCAUAUCCUAAUUACUGUUCAAACUAUGUGAAACAUCUCUCUCCUGUGCCAGGAUGUUAAAUGCAGUGGUAACUGGAUGUGGCCUGCCAAACUACCAGGCGAGGGAGCUGCUCUGUAUGAUGCUUGCGCAGCCAUGUGUGAUGUGAUGGCAUCCCUAGGUGUUGCUGUAGAUGGAGGGAAAGAUUCUCUCAGCAUGGCUGCAAGGGUUGGUCAAGACACAGUCAAAUCUCCGGGGUCGCUGGUCAUUUCAGUGUAUGCUGCCUGUCCUGACAUUCGUGCCACAGUCACCCCAGAUCUGAAGAUUCCAGAUGGGAAGGGAAACCUUUUGUGGGUCAAAUUUGGCAGCGACUCUAGAUACAGACUUGGAGGAAGUGCCCUGGCACAGGUUUACAAUCAGCUUGGCAGCGAAUCUCCUGAUUUAGAUAACGCUAAGGUAAGAUGACUCUCAAACCCUUGGGUUUUAAUUACCUAAACGUCGCAACGACGACGCAAAGGUUUGCAUCUUCAACUCGUUAUAAGUGACGAUAGUGUUAUAUCGUUGUGUUCCUUUACGAUGAUGAAUGAUUAAGGAAUACUUUUUCAGAUUUUUGAAGCCGCGUUCAGAACAACUCAACAGCUGAUAUCGGAGAGAAGAAUCGUCUCUGGCCACGAUGUAAGUGAUGGGGGACUGGUCACGACCCUCUUGGAAAUGGCCUUCGCUGGAAAUUGUGGCCUGUCGAUUAACAUCCCAUGCCAAGACAACUUUAAUCCGACGGUGAGCAAGGUGGCCGAUGUUCUUUUCGCUGAAGAGCUGGGAAUUGUGGUGGAAGUAAAGGAAGACGAAACUGAGUUUGUCAUGAAUGCUUUCCUUGCAAAGGAUGUUCCUUGCCUGCAGAUAGGAAAGGCUGUCGGAGUGGGAGAGGGUGCAAUGAUUUCCCUACGGGUCAGAGACGAGCUCGUGCUGGAGCAGAACAUGGUUGAUCUGCGAGAUAUCUGGGAGGCCACAAGCUUUCAGCUCGAGCGAUUGCAGACAAAUCCACGGUGUGUCCAGGAAGAGGAAUUUGGUCUUCGAAAGAGACAUGCACCAGAUUACAAACUGUCAUUCAAACCUGUUCCUGCAUCUCCACUGGGUGAUGUCCGUCCUAAAGUAGCCAUUAUACGAGAAGAAGGCAGCAAUGGCGACAGAGAAAUGGUGGCAAGCUUUCACAUGGCAGGGUUUGAAGCAUGGGAUGUUACCAUGCAUGACCUCUGCAAUGGAUCCAUGAAGCUGGAUGGAUUCCGUGGUGCCGUGUUCGUGGGUGGCUUUAGCUAUGCAGACGUGCUUGGCUCCGCAAAAGGCUGGGCUGCAGUGUGUAACAUAAAUAGCACUGUGCGCUCACAGUUAGACGCCUUUUUCUCCCGGGAAGACACUUUCAGUUUGGGAGUAUGCAAUGGCUGUCAGCUGAUGGGCUUGCUGGGCUGGGUGGGGCGGGAUGCCCAUACGACAGGAUCCAAUCAGGGUGUUUGCUUUACUCACAAUGUUUCAGAACGCUUUGAAUCUCGUUUCGUGACGGUUUCCAUCCAAUCCAGUCCAGCCAUGAUGUUCCGUGGUAUGGAGGGGUCUGUCCUUGGUAUCUGGGUUGCACACGGUGAAGGACGAAUCCAAUUCCGCAACGACAGUGUGCUUCAGGAUGUCACUACCAACAAGCUAGUUCCCCUGUGCUUCGUGGAUGACGACGGUGUUCCAACCACUCAGUACCCGCAGAAUCCCAACGGAUCCCCGCAGGGUAUGGCGGGAUUGUGCUCUCCGGAUGGCCGACAUCUGGCGAUGAUGCCUCAUCCCGAGAGAUGCACAUUGUUGUGGCAGUGGCCUUGGAUGCCGCCUGAUUGGCAGGACUCACUGAAAGCAUCACCUUGGCUUCAGAUGUUCCAAAAUGCUUACAAAUGGUGCAUGGAGACACAUAGCGGAUAAACUUUUCUUAAGGUUCGAUUUACAUUUAAUAUUUUUUUACCUUGAAUAUCGUUGUGUAAAUGGCGAAUGAGAUAGGAUGGACUAUUGGAGACGUUAUGUUGUGUGGGAUUAGUUGGUUCGGGGAUGGACGUAAGUGCUUAAAACCUUGCCAAGAAAAUUUAAUCUCGUACCCAAAUCUUUCGUAAGUGUUAAAUCAACGCUUGAAACUCGAAAAUCGCACACAAAAUUCCAUUUUCAAAAACGUCGUGGAAGAGAUAUCGUCGAAAAAUUCCUAGAUGUGAAGUUUCUGAUGGUCCAUCCCUAAAUAACGGCUUAUUGCUUUGAAGAAAAUUACAGCUUCUUCAUGUACAUAGUGUGACGAGUUCUUUUCUGCAUGUAAGCUGUUGUGUCCCUCUGUGUAUAUUUUGCUGUCCAGGAGAAUGGAACGUUUAAUUCAGCAGGGACAUUGUCACCCGUUGGCACAUUUCCUAACUACAUUAAAUAAGUUAUUUAGCCCUCUGCAAGUCUUUUCCUUGAAGUUAGCUUGUGGAACUCAAAAGUUAAGCAACUAGUUUGGGAUAUCAGACUUCAGGUGAGAGCAGUUUUGAUUGGGUGUUGAAAGUAAUCUAGGAUUCCUUUUUUUUGGUACUGCGCGACGUGAUUGGUUCAUAAACAGGACGCCAUCAUCUCAACCAAUCAGGUGUUAAAUGGAAACCAAUCAUGACUUUUUCAUCCGCGUUUCCCCGUGCCACGCCUCAAGAUUACUUUGGUUUUAUUUUUAUUUUUACAACUCUCCUUUAAAAUGUAAUCCAUCACUACUCAUUCGAAUCUUGUGGAUCACUAAGAAUAUUUAUUUUCCCUUAAGGUGAGGGUUUGUAAAAACUCGUGUAAUUGUAGACUCUAAAUCACCAGGGUCUAAAAAAGACUGAGGGCCAUACUAUGGGAGAAUCCCUGGGAAUUCAGGUAGUUUCAUUAUCUUUAAUAUCUGAGUGUGAUACUAGAUACUUUGCGAAUAAAAUAAAUUCGUUUGUACAUAGAUAAUUUUUUUGAGUGGUUGUGUAUUUUUUCCCUAGAAAAAUAGUGGUAAAUUUCUAAAGAAACUGUGUUGCUGCGUCGGUGGGAGUACCACAUGGUAAUGGUAAUUUGGCAUUGUCAACUGAGUUGAUAACGUAAGCUGGCCACAGUAAAGAGUUUCAGAGCUGACGUCUCGAGUUAGCGAAGGGCUGACGCUCGAAACGUCAGCUUUGAAAGUCUUAACGGUGGCCAAUUUACG